CGUCACUAAUGACAGCAAGAACUUGUUUUGUUGAAUAGAAUCGUGGACGUACAGCUGACGGUGAAUUACAAGUAAUUUACCAAAGCUUUCUUUAUUAAAACAAUGUUAUAAACCUUCAAAAAUGGUAGACGAAGGUACAAGGAAGACUCUAGGCAGCAUACCUUUGCUGAAAACUAAAGCAGGUCCAAGAGAUAAGGAAUUAUGGACGACACGACUAAAGGAAGAAUAUCAAGCACUAAUUAAGUACGUCCAGAACAAUAAAGAAGCAGACAAUGACUGGUUCCGGUUGGAGUCGGAUAAGACUGGCACUCGGUGGUUCGGCAAGUGUUGGUACAUUCACAACUUGCUCAAGUAUGAGUUUGAUCUAGAGUUUGAUAUUCCCGUGACCUACCCGACCACGGCGCCGGAGCUAGCUCUGCCGGGGCUGGACGGGAAGACGGCUAAAAUGUACCGAGGCGGGAAGAUAUGUCUCACCGACCAUUUUAAGCCGCUGUGGGCCAGGAACGUGCCCAAGUUUGGGAUAGCGCAUGCGAUGGCUCUGGGCUUGGGUCCAUGGUUGGCCGUUGAAAUACCCGACUUGAUAGAAAAGGGGAUAGUUAAAUAUCAAGAGAAAUCAGAAGAAGCGAAAUGACCUGUAUAUAUUGUUAAUAUUAAAUAUUUUUAUAUAU